AUGGCCCCAACUUCUAGUGACAAGAAAAAUAGUGCUUCUGCCAGAGUCUUUGGUUCUGCCUCGGCCGGGAUUUGUGAAAUCGGUGUUUUCCACCCAGUCGACACCAUCUCCAAGCGUUUGAUGUCAAACACCACCAAGGUGAACAACUUAACUCUUUUGAACAACGUUAUUUUCCGUGAACAUGCCCAAGAAGCUUUCGGGAAACGUCUCUUCUCUCUUUUCCCUGGUCUUGGGUACGCUGCCUGUUACAAAGUCUUGCAAAGAGUUUACAAGUACGGUGGUCAACCAUUUGUCAAUGAAAAAUUGACCAAGAACUUCAAGAGCACUUACGACAAUGCUUUCGGGGCUAAGACUGGUAAAGCUUUGUUGAGUGCCACUGCCGGGUCCUUGAUUGGAAUUGGUGAAGUUGUUUUGUUGCCAUUGGAUGUCUUGAAGAUCAAACGUCAAACUAACCCAGAAUCAUUCAAAGGUAGAGGGUUCAUCAAGAUUUUGAAAGACGAAGGGUUUGGAUUGUAUCGUGGAUGGGGCUGGACCAUGGCCAGAAAUGCUCCUGGUUCAUUCGCCUUGUUUGGUGGUAAUGCUUUUGCUAAGGAAUACGUUUUGGGUUUGAAAGAUUAUAAUUCUGCUACUUGGAGUCAAAAUUUCGUCAGUUCGAUUUUCGGGGCUAGUUCCUCCUUGAUUGUUUCUGCUCCUUUGGACGUUAUCAAGACCAGAAUUCAAAAUAGAAAUUUCGAAAACCCAGAAAGUGGGGUCAAGAUUUUGAAAAACAUCAUCAAGAAUGAAGGUUUCACCGCCUUCUUCAAAGGUUUGACUCCAAAAUUGUUGACUACUGGUCCAAAGUUGGUGUUCUCCUUUGCCUUGGCCCAAACUUUGAUCCCAGCUUUUGACAAGUUAUUGGCUAAAUGA